AUGAUAGCCGCCGACCAAGAAGACUGCACCGAAAUCUUCGGCACAGACGGCAAAAUCGCCAUCAACACCCAGCCCCAACUCAACCUCGUUAACCUAUACGAGUCUACCGGUAUCCGGCGGGAGAUUCCCGCCGACUACUACGGGCGCUUCCGCGAGGCGUUUAUUACCGAGGCGAAUGAGUUUACUGCUUCUUGUCUGGAUGAUACUAAGCCUCCUUUGCAGUUGGACUCGGCUGUCAAGGCCGUUGCUAUUGGAUGUGCGCUGCAGGAGUCGCUGAUUACGGGGAACUAG